GUUUUCUUCUGCCGCUUCCUGUUGUCAACUAGAAGGCAUGGCGUUCUCUUGUAGUGCCUGGUUACCGGGAGCUGUAUUACUCCUGGCUGUCAUUGAUGUGAGGCUUAUGAUUAGUGCUCAGCACCUUGAGAAGAAAGCUGAGCAAUUUUUUCGUAGUGGACACACAAACAACUGGGCAGUCUUGGUUUGCACAUCUCGUUUCUGGUUCAAUUAUCGGCAUGUUGCAAAUACACUGUCCAUGUAUCGGAGUGUUAAAAGACUUGGCAUUCCUGAUAGUCACAUUGUCUUGAUGCUCGCUGAUGAUAUGGCAUGCAAUUCACGGAAUCCUAAACCAGCAACUGUAUUUAGCCAUAAAAACAUGGAGUUGAAUGUCUAUGGGGAUGAUGUUGAAGUUGACUAUCGAGGAUAUGAGGUUACUGUAGAAAAUUUUCUUCGAGUGCUCACUGGCAGAAUUCCACCAAGCACCCCUCGACUGAAGCGACUUCUGUCAGAUGAUAGGAGUAACAUUCUUAUCUAUAUGACAGGUCAUGGAGGGAAUGGUUUUCUGAAAUUCCAAGACUCAGAAGAAAUUACAAACGUGGAACUAGCUGAUGCAUUUGAACAGAUGUGGCAGAAAAGAAGGUACAAUGAAUUGUUGUUUAUAAUUGACACCUGUCAAGGCGCCUCUAUGUACAAGCAAUUUUAUUCUCCAAAUAUUAUGGCUCUUGCAAGUAGCCAAGUUGGAGAGGACUCACUAUCUCAUCAACCUGAUCUUGGAAUUGGAGUUCAUCUCAUGGACAGGUACACCUUCUAUCUCUUAGAAUUUUUGGAAGAAAUCAAUCCAGCAAGCCAGAACAGUAUGAAUGACUUGUUCCAGGUAUGUCCAAAGAGCCUGUGUGUUUCUACCCCUGGCCACCGGACUGACCUCUUUCAGAGGGAUCCAAGUACUGUUCUCAUCACAGAUUUUUUUGGAAGUGUGAGAAAAGUAGAGCUUACUGAAAAUACUGUUAGUCUGAAAACCCACCUGGCACAAACAGAGAAAAGAUAUCCUCCUGAUGUGGUUCUGGAACCAGUGACUUAUGCAAACCAGCUUCCUGUAUCAGAAAUUAUACACCAGAAACCAAAGCAAAAAGAGUGGCACCCUCCUGGAGGAUUUAUUCUGGGACUAUGGACACUAAUCCUUAUGAUUUUCUUCAAGACAUACGGACUGAAGCAUAUGAAACAUGUAUUUUAAAUUGGACAUCUUCUGAACUUCUACUGAAGCGCUAAAAAUGUGCACUGAUGCAACAGCAUGCCUGUGUUAUUAGCAGCUGUUCCACGGCAGCUAUUCCCAAAAACCUAUUAAUGUAUUAUAAGGAACAUGCAAUGUGAAUGAAUAAAUUGUUUUAGGUCUGUUAAAAACAAAGUUGUUUUACUGUUCUGUAAUAAUCUAAACUUAUACAGUGACGAUUGCUGGGAAUGCUGGGAGUUUUCUCAUGCAUGUUUUGCAGUAUAAAUCAAGCUUCCUUUACUAAUAUGGCCAAUAUGCUGGAACAUGUAUUAUUCAAAAGACUUGACAAGCAUGUAUUAUGCCUUUGAAAAGAUUUCUGUGGCCUUCCCAAUUCCUGACUUAGUAAAAUGAGGGCUUGUUCAGCAGAAACAAAAAUAGAAAUAUUGAUUCAUCAUGCUAAGUACAGCCUUUUACAUCAAGCUGGUACCUGAGGUAAUUAUAUAUCUAGGAACCGUUGAGCAAUUACAAUUUAAAGCAAGACCUAACAACCCAU